AUGAAAUCUAGAACGGAAAUACCAUUAUCAAAUUAACUAACACCUUAUCAGGCCAAUUUGUAAGAUAAAUAAGAUAGAGUAUUAAGAUUAAUUUUGAAAAAGAAUAACUAAUUAGAGUUUAAGUAAUUAAAAAUUGUGCAAAAAUAAACAUAAAAAAAUCAAUCACAACAUCUUUAAUUGCCAUAAAUUUAGAAUGCUGAUUUAAAUGAUAAUAAUUUGAGAAAAUAUAGAAAAUAUAAAAACUUUUAUUAUUCAGAUUAAAAAUAAUACUAACAAGAACAUAAUUUGGAAUCAAGAGUCUAAGAAAUUUUGGACAAAAUAUGCAAUGUACAAAAAAAAUAAAUCAACGAUUUAAGACCUGAAUCGAAUUUAAUGAAGAGAAAAGGUUAUUCAGUUGAUUUAUAGAAAUAGCAUCCUUCUAUCUUAUAAUAAAGAUAAAGAAGUGUAUAGCAAAAUUCUUUUAAUUACUUUUUAUAGCCAGCUCAAUUGAACUCUGAAUCUGAUUGGCUUGAGUUUGUAUUUGGUUGA